GGAAGAUGUUCCAGUUCAGGAAAUCAAGGGAAAAGUAAAAAGGAACAUGUUCCUGACAUAUGGUACCUGAUGGAAGAAAUGCCCUUUGGUAAUUCAGAGGCUGAAGAAGAAUUUGAAAAUUACAAAAAACAUUCAGACUCUGCAAGCUUCAAUAAUACAGCAGGAUGCAAGACUCUCCAAAGCGAUGUGUAAACACAGUACCUUCCAUGUCACCUUGUUAGUGAUGACAUUAUCAAGUGAAGAGCAAGUUAAUAUAGCAGUUGGUGCACUCUUGGAGACUAAAGCACUCAUAGAAGAAAUUCUACAAGGAAAGCCUUUAGAGUUAUCCUUUCAAGGAGUUGGUAACUUUAGGAAUCAGGUGGGAUUUGUGAAGUUGGCCAAAGGUGAUCAGCUAUCUACACUUAUGGAGAUUGAAGAGACGGUGAAGAGGACAUUUCAAGAGAAGGGAAUACUGGCAGGAGAAAACAGAAGUUUUACACCCCAUCUGACCUACAUGAAAAUUACCAGUAAUGUUGCAGGGCUACUUAAACAGGGAAUGAAAAAAAUCAACCCUGAGUUCUACAGAGCAUUUGAAAGUCAUCAUUUUGGAGAGGAAACCCUGCAUCGCAUUGACCUUUGCUCCAUGCAAAAGGAGAAACAAGUCAAUGGAUAUUACCACUGUGAGUCUUCAAUUAUGGUUGGUGGGCUGAGAAGCACGAACUCAGCUGUACUCCAGGGAUACAGGAGGGAUAUAGCCAUCUGGCAAAGUGGUGAGAAGACUAGUGGAGACCCAGAUGAUGCGGAACUGCUAAAGCUCAGCAAGAGGCUGGUGGAGAAUGCCGUCCUCAAGGCCGUGCAACAAUACCUAGAAGAAACCCAGAACAAAACCAAAGAGACCGAGGGCAGUCCGGCCAAAACAGAAGGUGCAGUCGACGGCAAUGAGAACGACAAUGACAGUUGAACCAGGCACAAAGACCAACUGGGCAAAGCAUCCCCAGGUCCCCGUCAGCUCUGCUGAGUCAUGAGGACUGACUCAAGGUGUGCUUUUUCCACACCCCUUCUUGACUCCAGGGAAGCGAGCUGGUCCUCUUUCACGAUCGAAGUGUUUGCACUGCUGAGAAACAGACAGAAAUGCCAUCAAAGAACAAAGGCAUGAGCCUGCACUGACAGUAGAUCUAACUGCCCAACAGGAUGGCUCUGGACUCCUGUAAAUGCCCCAGUGGACUGAAAUUUAUGGCCGUGGGGGAGGCCUAACUCUAAGUGGAAAAAAAAAAUGCCAUCACCAUCCUCUGACGGGUUUAUUUGACUUCAUCCGUCACCUGCUCUGCUAUAACAAAGACAGCAAGUACUGAGCUAGAAAAGACCAUCAGAGAGACAGCCUAACAGUAUGUAAGAUCAAGGAAGUUUCCUUAACCACCCUGCCACUAUGCAGUUACCUUUAUUUAUCGUCAAGAGAUCACUCGUGUAAAUUAUGUUUUUUUUGGAUAAAAGUAUUUCGUUUUCUAUGAAGCAGGGGCCUAGUUUUAAAGGUUUCUUUUGUUUUCCAAUCCCGUUUUGAUAAACUGAUGUGCCGCAUGUCGGUGUUUCUCAUUGGCUUUCAUUUAAUAUGAGGUGUAUUUUAUAAUUUCUUUUUCCCCCCAGGGAAGAAUCCCAGUGUAGAUUUAAUAGAGAAAGCUUUGCGGAGAGAAACAACGGCUCUGUUUUCCAAAGUGAAACAGAUAAAGGAACUUUUAUC